AUGGAACUCUUUAUCGAGAUAACCUCCUUCCUCUCGAGGUCUGACGUCGAGAAUCUGCGGGCUGUCAACAAGGAAUUUGAGCUCAAGCUUGCCUCUCAGUACUUUCGCAACGUCGUUGUUCCUUUCAACGCAGAGCUGUACACGGCCCAGAGCAACGAGGCAAGAGACGGCGACCACCAAGCAGUCACGGCGCAGACGCUCUCACACGCCGACAGCAUUCUAUCCAACGGAAUGCGCAUCUUCCAGUCCUUUGGUCACCACAUUGUCCGCUUCGCCCUCUCCCUCGAGAUCAGCGAGGACCACCUGGCCUACCCCCCCGUCAAGACUCUUCAGCAGGCCGUACCCACCUACUGGGGCAUCUACCGCUGGCCUGUCAACUCGUAUGCGCGCUACGCCGAGAUCGAAAACCUCGAAGACACGGCAGACGAGACUCUGCGUCUGAAGGAGGCACUGACCAGUCUUACCCAGGUCAAGGAUCUUGGCCUGAGCUGCGACGCUGGCCUGGGCUACCUUUGUGGACCAGACCGGGACACCCGCAUACUCCCUCCACCACAUCCCGUCUUUGGCCUGCGUAACGUGUCCUAUGGAUCGCUUCAGCUGCCGGAGCAACGGCCGAGGAGAACCGCUGUUCAAGGCCCCCGAGAUACCAAGCUUAGCGUGCUUGAGUCCAUGGUCAGACGAGCCGGUUUCACCGAAGCACAAACCCCGGAUGCUAUUGAGACUCUGCUGAAUACAGAAGGUGCCACACUGUCUGGAAUUGAAUUCGAUGAGAGGGCCGCACCUCCGCCAGCCCCGGCGCCGACGACCGCCACGCCCACGGCCCAAGAUCCAUUCCCAGAGGUGACAAUACCUGCGCCCAACCCAGACAACAACGUGCGCAGGCUCACUAUCCUCCAACAACGUUGGGGCAACCCGCCCGCCACGUAUCCGUUGCAACCCAAGGAAUUGACGAGGGGCCAGCUUGAGAUGAUCCUCGAGAUGGACUGGGCUCAUCGAGCCCUGAUCCAGUCCUACGUGAUCGCCAUUCUCGAUCACUCGCGUGCCUCCCGGUUCAGUUCGCUGACGUCUUUGACCAUUGCCAAAAUCCCCAGCAGCCACAUCAACAUGUUCCAGAGGCACGAUCUUUGGGAUAGUCUGCCCACCCUGCGGAACCUGACGCUCGCCGUCGUCCCCGACUGGCGUGCCGUGUCUAAGGCUUCUCCAGAACAUUCGGUUCAGGAGACGACCAUCUCGCCUCUCGUAGCUGUCAACUGGGUGUUCGUACUACUUUCCGAAUACAUUUCUCACCGACGAAACAUUACCUUCUUCCACUUUGAGUGGAUCUGCGGUGGUGAGUUCGCACCUGGCGUCUACCAGCGGAAUAAUUAUGUCCUUCCCGCGCCUUUCUGCUAUCCUACCGCCAUGUUCGAACCCCACACAGCCAUCAGUGGUCCGAUACUUGCUUUGCCGUACAUCCGACAUUUCUCGCUCAAGAAUUGCUACGCCACUCCGCACGUUUUGAACCAGGUCAUUCGUACCAUGGCUCUAAACUCUCUUGAGUCUCUUGAAUUUGAGAGUGUGUCUUUGACUGGCCCUCUACGGUUGACACCAGUGCCGACAAUGGCGAUGGAUGGUACGCAGCCUGCUUUCCAACCAGCCGUUGUAUUCGGAUCCGUCGCGGUAGCCGCCGCCGCCGCCGCCGCUGCCGCCAACCAGGUGGCUAUUCCAACCCCAAUUCAGGUCGAUGAGAGCGACUCAGAUGACGAUGCAAUCUUUGUAAGCUCAAGCAGCGGCUCCCACCUCCCAAGCCAGAUGUCCUGGGCAGGGUUCAUCAACCACUUCACGCCGGGGAUGACGGUGGAGGGCAUGGCAGCGGGCCAGCCUGCAGCCGGACGACCCAAGGUAUCUGGGCCGAUGCUUCGUCUUUGGUUACCUGAAGGGCGCUCUUUCAGAAGAGAGCGCAAGAGUGGUCUCUACAAGCUGAAGAGCAUAUCCUUCAAGUCGUGCGGUUACGCUCGACACGUCGAGGUCAACACCAUCACCCCAAUCGAUAGCGAAGAACCGUGGGCCGAUCAUGACGUCGCCAUGCGGAAAAAGGAACUCGAGAACUUCAUGCAGGUCUGCGGCGACCAUGGCAUUGCCAAGAUUGUUCACAUGCUGCCUGAGGAUGACGAACUUCACUUCGGAACCACUUGGAAUAUGACGCAGGGAUGGGCCGGCGUGUACGAUACCAGAAAGAUCAGAGACGCGCAGAUGGAUGGCGUCCUAGAACCAGGCCGUGGUCGUUUCAGCGGCUUUGUCACAGGACCCAGGCCUCCGCCUCCCACGGGGCUGUAG